AUGCCCGGAGCCACCAAGGGAAAAAUUUGCAAGAAGUUGCAUAAAGACGAUGAUGAAAGGACCUUACAGAGUUUGAAGCAAGAAUUGAGACUCUGUAGUAACGGUCACUCAUCGUUAUCCAAGAAAAAAGUCGCGAAACACUUAAGUGAAGGCAAUGUGAGUGUAAGCUUGAAGAGGCAUAAGAUCGUCAGUAAGGCCAUUGUGCGUAAGGCUAAAGCCUCAAAAAAGAGACCUUCGAGUGGAUUAAAGCGUAAGACGUCAAAAGAUGACACUGAGGAGAAUGAGAAAACAGGUGUUAGAGAUGUAAAGCGUACGAAGAAAAAUAAUAGGAAAAAUAAGGGGGGAAAUAAUGUGGAGCUUGAUGAAGCUUCUCGGUUACAGAGAAGGACAAAGUACCUGUUAAUAAAAAUUAAUCUGGAGCAGAAUUUUAUUGAUGCCUACUCCGCAGAAGGCUGGCAAGGUCAGAGUCGGGAAAAGAUAAAACCAGAAAAGGAACUACAAAGAGCCAAGAAUCAGAUAGUGAAGUAUAAAAUAGGGAUACGUGAAGCUGUUCACCAAUUGGAUUUGCUUAGUUCUGAAGGACGUAUCCAGGACUCGGCAUUUGCUGCUGAUGGGUCUGUUCAUCAUGAACAUAUAGUCUGCGCAAAAUGUCAGUUGCGUGAAGCUUUCCCAGAUAACGACAUUAUACUUUGUGAUGGGACUUGCAACCGUGCUUUUCACCAGCAAUGUAUGGAUCCACCUCUGUCAACAGAAAAUAUUCCCCCGGGAGACGAAGGGUGGUUUUGCAAAUUUUGCAAGAAGAAAAUGGAAAUACUGGACAUAACAAACGCUCACCUCGGGACCCACUUCCCUCUCGAUUGUAAUUGGCAGGAUGUUUUUAAGAAAGAAGCUAAUUUGUUAGAAGAUGGAAAUGCCAUGGUGUGCCCGGAAGAAGCAUGGCCAUCAGAUGAUUCUGAAGAUGACGACUAUGAUCCAGAUAGAAUCGAAAGCAGUGAUAGUGGGUUACAGCCUAAUGCUUCUGAAUGUAGUUCUAGUUUUAUGGUGUCGCUCGAGGAUGAAUCUGGAAUAGUCCUUGAGAGAAGAAUAGGAUCUUCAAAUAACACCCCUGAUGUGGGCAGAGCAGAUUCAGAUGAUGGUGAGGUUAUAAGCCGGCCCAGACAACGUGUGGCUGUUGACUAUAUCAAGUUGUAUAAUGAAAUGUUUGGAAGAAAUGGUACCGAAAAUGAGGAAUUCAGUGAGGAUGAGGAUUGGGGUCCACAAAAAAAGAGGCGGAAAGUGAAGGAGACGGAUGCUGCCAGCACUUUAAUGGCCCUAGGUGAUACUGAGGAGAAAAAAUCAGAAGAAGUUUUAUCGGAAAUGAAAGAGAACGAGUUAAGCAAGAUGGCCAAAAAACCAACUUUCAGGCUCCCACAUAAUGCAGUUGAGAAGCUUCGACAUGUGUUUGCGGAGAAUGAACUUCCUGGACGAUCUUUGAGAGUUAGUCUUUCAAAGCAGCUAGGGCUAGAGUUUGAGAAGGUCAAUAAAUGGUUCAAGAAUGCCCGCUACCUAGCUCUAAAAGCAAGAAAGCGAGGUACCAUAAAUAGCCCUGAUUUGAAACAGACAGAAAAACUACGAGAGGAUGCUAGUUCUAGCAUUCAAAAGGAGCACGUAUCAGAAACUGCAAAUGGUGAUCAUCCUCAUCAAACGGCAUCCAGGAACGAUAUGCUAUCAGAUAGCACCAAGGAUUUGACGGAGUUUGUCAGAAGGAGAAAAAACUGCUUGUCUGCCAAUGCCUUCAAGAUAAACCAGCGAAAGAAACGAUUAUUAAAAAAAGCAGAUAGCAAUCAGACGACCAAGGAUGUGGGUGAUGAUAUGAACCUUACACAUUUACGAGACAAGGCAAAACAAGUUAAGAAGAAAUCGAGUUGCAUAAGCAGAGAUGGCCCACCAGAAGCCGAGGCUCAGAUGGAAAGGCUCUGUGAAAUUAAGAGCAGAAUCGAGAAGCUGCAACAAGUGGUACUUCAAUUUCCCAGCAGGAGGUUUGGUAAAUCAAGUGCAAAUAAGUUAAACGACCCUCCGGUUAUUUUUGUACCAGUAGCAGAGCUAAGGGAGAAAAGGUGA